AUCCCCCGACCUUAGUGCGCGUUUAAAGUUAUAAAUUUCAAGUUUCGCCUAUUCACCCCCUCUAGGCGACUUUCAGAGAUGAUCCAAGACGCCAGUAAGAUCGUUUGUUUUAAUUGAUGUUUUUUUGUUUGUAUAGAAUUGAUUGAUGACCAUGGCCAUGGAUAUAUCUUCCCUCAUCUUCAUGAAGGGAAGAUUUGGGGAAGGAGGUAGUAAUUGGUUUUUAUGUCGAUAUGAUUAGAGAGUACUCCUGAUUAGACCCUCUUUUUUUCCCAUGUGUUCAUCUUAUUUUUCUUCCAUGGUCUUUUUUGCUUGUUCAUCUAAGACGUCGGUGGGCAUGAAUCUAUUUUCCCCAUUUGAUUAGACGCUCUUUUUUCCCAUGUGUCCAUCUUAUUUUUUGUAGUUGGCCCCACAUGCUCAAGCGACGAGGAAAGCUUCAUACAUCGUUGGAAUGGAUCCACACCAGAGCGUGCAUCCGACCUUGGCGCUCUUCGGCCGAGCAGCACACCAGAGCGCGCAUCCGAACUCUCGUUCGGUGGGGUGGGGGACGGCUCGCCAUAUAAAUUUCCGUCUCCUGCUCCGACCGAAGUGGCGCCCCAACGUGCAAACUACUGCCGCCCUCGCCCUCCUCCGGUACCACGUUUUCAGAACGCCCGAUCAAUCACGAAUCGUGAUUAAUCGACGAUUAAUCGCCUGAUCAUAACUUCGGAGGCGAUUAGGGCUAACGGCGUGAUCAAAUAAGUGAUAGUGCGAUUAACCGCGACUAAUCGUCAGAUCAACACAUGGACGAUCAGGCCCGCGUCUGCUUUGAAAAUUGGAAUUUUGGCCCGGUGGCCCACUUGACUUGCCAACUAUUUUGGCCCACCAGCUCAGCCCAUAUUCCCUUUUCCCACGUGAACACAGGCAGCUGCAACUGCAACGCGUGAAGCCGUGAACACGGGCACACCAGUACGACAGUACCACGCCACAUGAACUCGUGAAGAAUAGAGCCGCCACUGAGGAACCCUAGCGACGGCGGCGCGCUACCGGUGACAUCGUCCAACUCGGCCCCUCCAUCCCCGACGCGGCGGCGCCAGCGUGCAAGUACGAUUCCCUUCUCAGUCUCCACGGCUCCACCAGGGCACCAGUCCAUCUCUUAUCCCCCGUCCCCAGUCCCGUUCAUCUCUACAGGUGUUAGGAUACUUGGAUUGGAGUCGAGUGCUAGGCUGCUAGUGCUAGUGUUCAAAGCCUGAAGCCAUGUCCAUGGGCGUGUGGUUGUUGCCUGUUUGUCCACCGGCAGUUCAAAGCCUGAAGCCAUGUCCUGGCGGCCGCGAAGAACCUGCGCAGUGCGCACGGAGGCCGCCUCGGGAGCGCAGAGCGAUUAAUCGGGCUGAUCGUCGACUAAUCGUAAUUAGUCGGCUGAUCGCCCUUCUGGCGAUCAGAGGCUAAUCGCCGAUCUGAAAACUUUGCUCUGCUGGUGCUGCAACGGAUUCGGAACCUGCUGCUGCGAUGGAUCCGGGACCUGGUUGCUGUAACGCAUUCAGCUCCUGCUGCUCUUAAUGGUCUGUUCACAAAUUGCAGCUCAGCGUGCAGCCAAUCCUAACCUUGAUAAACUAUAUAUUACAAAAUUCAUGAAGAAAUUGUUUCUUAUGCCUAGCAAACGCUUCAAAUGCAAGGAAAUGGGUCAAGAGAAAAUCGAAGGGAGCGAAAACCGACUAGGCCACCCUUCGAGAGCGCCCCGACCCAGGGAACUAAGCGAACGCGAAGAGUUCACUUUCCGGUUAGUUGAGGGUCAUACCGAUGGUGCUCUUUUAAGUUAUGCAGUUGCUGCCUCAAGCUUUCUGCCUCCCUUUGCCAGAGCUAUUGGCCCCACAUGCUCAAGCGACGAGGAAAGCUUCAUACAUCGUUGGAAUGGAUCCACACCAGAGCGUGCAUCCGACCUUGGCGCUCUUCGGCCGAGCAGCACACCAGAGCGCGCAUCCGAACUCUCGUUCGGUGGGGUGCGGGACGGCUCGCCAUAUAAAUUUCCGUCUCCUGCUCCGACCGAAGUGGCGCCCCAACGUGCAAACUACUGCCGCCCUCGCCCUCCUCCGGUACCACGUUUUCAGAACGCCCGAUCAAUCACGAAUCGUGAUUAAUCGACGAUUAAUCGCCUGAUCAUAACUUCGGAGGCGAUUAGGGCUAACGGCGUGAUCAAAUAAGUGAUAGUGCGAUUAAUCGCGACUAAUCGUCAGAUCAACACAUGGACGAUCAGGCCCGCGUCUGCUUUGAAAAUUGGAAUUUUGGCCCGGUGGCCCACUUGACUUGCCAACUAUUUUGGCCCACCAGCUCAGCCCAUAUUCCCUUUUCCCACGUGAACACAGGCAGCUGCAACUGCAACGCGUGAAGCCGUGAACACGGGCACACCAGUACGACAGUACCACGCCACAUGAACUCGUGAAGAAGAGACUUUUGGGAUUAUAAAACGCCGCGGAUGUGGCUUCGACGAAACGGAGGCGUUGGCGAGGGUUUCGCCGAUAUGAAAAACCAGGGGAAAGACUUCACUCUAAAAUAGACUGACAAUCGAUAUUAGCCGUUGAGAGAACGAAUAAUCAUCCUCCGUCCGCGCGCCGUUGUCUUCUCCCGUCUCCUUCCCUUCUCUCUCUCGCCGCCGGCACUGGAGACGCUACUAUGGUUUUCUCCUCCCCAUUCUCCUCUCUUCCUUCCAUCCGAGAUCUCUUCUUCGUUCUCCAUUUGAGCGCCAGACGCAAGCUUCUUCAGUCUCCAUUUGAGAUCUCUUCUUCUGGGAACUGCUCAAAGGGCCUCGUCGUCCGUCGUGGUAGUGGUGGUGGUGGUGUGCGCGGGGCGGGAGGGGAGGGGAGUCGUCACUGCGCCGCCACAAUGCUCACAGUACCAGGAGCUGCCCUGCGGCGGGCAGGAGCUCGAUAUCGACACCGCGCUCAAGGAUAGAAUCCUCGGGGGCGCGCUGGAGCCCGUGGGUGCGGCGACGGGGGACGAUGGCAAGCAGCCCGUGGA